AUGUGGGGCGCCGUGGCGCGGCGCGGCGGCGGGUGGCGGGGGCUGGCGGCGGCGGCGGGCCGCCCCCCGAGCCCGGCGGCGCCCUGGAGCCAGGUGGUGUCGGAGGCCGAGAAGAUCGUGGGCUACCCGACGUCCUUCAUGAGCCUGCGGUGCCUGCUAAGCGACGAGCUGAGCAACAUCGCCAUGCAGGUCCGCAAGCUGGUGGGCACCAAGCACCCGCUGCUCGACACCGCCCGGGGGUUUGUCUACGAUAGCCGGAAUAACUUACAGAUGCGAGGUUUGGUCAUAUUGCUGAUUUCCAAAGCUGCAGGGCCCAGCACAGCAGAACUUUCUUUCCAGCACAACAUGGUCAGUGGGAUUUAUUCCAGUCAAAGAAGUCUGGCGGAGAUUACAGAAUUGAUCCACACUGCCUUUCUGGUGCAUCGUGGCAUAGUAAAUAUUGGUGAGCUGAAGUCCUGUGAUGGUCCACUGAAGGAUAUGCAGUUUGGAAAUAAAAUGGCUGUUUUGAGUGGAGAUUUUCUUCUAGCAAAUGCUUGCACAAGCCUUGCUCAGUUGCAGAAUACCAAGGUUGUGGAACUCAUAUCAAGCGCUAUUGGUGACUUAGUGCAAGGCAUAUACUAUGAAAACUCAAAAUUAUCUGAGGAAAGCUGUCUUACAGAUGAUAUCGGAAUAUCAACUUGGAAAGAACAGGUUUUCCUCUCCCAUAGUGCCUUGCUGGCAAAGAGCUGCCAGGCAGCAAUGGAAUUAGCAAAGCAUAACGCUGAGAUUCAGGACAUGGCAUUUCAGUAUGGAAAGCACAUGUCAAUGAGUCACAAGCUACAUUCAGACCUUCAGCCAUUUGUUAAAGAAAGUUCUAGUGACGCUGUGGUCUUCAGUUUAAAUUCUGCUCCUGCAGUUCUGCAUCAGGAAUUCCUUGGAAGAGAGGCAUGGAUUAAACAGAUUAGAGAGGCACAAGGAAAAGGAAGCAUAAUGGACUACAAGAAGUUGCGAGAGGCGAUCAAGGCUGGCAAAGGUGUGACUUCUGCUAUCGACCUGUGCCGUUACCACGGAAACAGAGCGCUGGCGGCCCUGGAGAGCUUCCCGCCCUCGGAGGCCAGAGCUGCUUUAGCGAACAUCGUGCGUGCCGUGACCAGGUUCUCCUGACGCGCGACGGAGCCGCCGCUCGCUCGCCCGCCCGCCCGCUGCGAACGCAGAAACUUCAGCCCCCUCGUUCCUGCUACAAGCACUGCGGUCGAAAUUAGGAGACAGAAAAGCAAAAAAAAAAAAAAAAAAAAAAAAAGGUCGAGCCGCUUUCACUUGUCACGCCAGCAGCACACUUGAGGUCGCACCGGUAGAAAUAAUUAAUGAGACUCGCUUCUGUGCCCUCAGCAAAUGGCCAGGAAAUCAGGCUGUAUUGAUUGGGCGCGGGCCGGGAUGGCGCCAGGGCGGAGGAGGCCUGCGGUUUUCCUGCGCGCGCCAGCCGGGGCCGGGCAGCGCCGGGGCUCCCGGGCAGCACUCGUUCCCCCGCUCCUCCAGCCCGAAGGGGCAGUUCAGGGAAUUAACGGGGAGGGUGGGAAAAUCCCGAGUCGGUCUGCACGCCCUCUUGUCUCCUCCACGCUGUUUUUUUUUCAUGCAUUCAAAUAUAAAACUGCUCUGUGCUUUCGGUAGUUGAGAAACUUGCUGAGAAAAUGUAUCAAGCCUGGUAAGUAGGAGCUUUAAAAUUUUUAAUCAAAUAUUAAUUUGGCUCUGUUAAGCGGCUGCCCGAGUUUUUAUACUGCGUGUAUAAAAUAUAUUUUGCUCUGGGUCAAAGAAUGAGAUUUUUCAGCCCUCUGGGGGGAGGGAACGUGCUUCCCUCGCAUCGAGCAGUUUGUAUCAGCACAACCUCACAUGAAAUAACUCCCUAGAUUUGUGACACUUACUUUCAUUUAAGCCAAAUAAAUGUUAAUUUGAAAGGCUGAACAUCAGCCUGUGGCUGAAAGGAGCAAGGCAUGGUCUUCUGUGAGUACAGUCUUUCACCAUUCUGAGUAAAAUGCAAAAUACUGGAGUAGUUUUUAACCUUAGUGUGUUGGAUUUUAAAGCCGCAAUUACAGAGAGCCUGUAAGGUGUAUGAGAAGCCUGCAAUUUGACACCGUCUCUGUUUUGUUCAUAGGAGAUGAUUUUUGUGGUUUGCACGCGUGCAAUCUGAGCCCGUCGUUGACAAGAAGGCUGAGUUUACAUAAAUGAUCUAGAUUGAGACUCAGCUACCUUUCUUCCUUCUGUGGUGUAAUUACAGCCCAAUCUGGAGACAGCUAGCACAGCAAACAGAUUUCAUUACAGUGUUCGCUCAAACACUAAGUGGAGUUAUUUCUGUUAAAUUCUUUCCUGCCUCCUUCUCUCCCUGCAACUCCUUCCCCCUCAGACCAGCGUGUGGCAUUCCACUGAAAUGCAAAAUAUAAAUAAAAACUGUGUCUUCUAAAAAUACACUGUAUAAUGUACAUACUAUUCUGUGUAAUAUGUCUAUAUUAUACGAUAUAUUAUAUGUAUAGUAAGUACGCUUGAGGUGCAAUCUUUGCAUGGGAGCAGGGUCCAGCACUCAGGUCUCGCUUUGUUUUGGAGAGUGUCUGCAACCCCGGCCUGCAGCUUGCUUGCACGCUGUCCUCCAUGCCUGCCCUGGCACAUUCCCUCUCUUCCUGAGAGCCUGGCGCUGCUGCCCGUGUCAGUGCUAUCGCUGCAGUACGAAGGCUGGAGACAGAGAAGCACGGAGAAGUGUGGGUUUGCCCACGCUAGCAGUUCCGUGCCAGCAGAACUUCAGGGGACUUCCCAGGUGAAAAUGCGCGGGGGGCUGAUAAAGUAAAUAGCACGCUUGAAUGUAAAUAUCUAAAUUCAACCCAAGUCAUAUUUUAGACAGCUUUUUUUGGAUUUUGGUUUCACGCAUUACGUUGACUAGGAGCCUUAUUGUUGUCUUUAUCUUGUAUCUACACUUAAGCGCUUUAUAAUGGUUUAGGACUGCAGUAAGUUGGAUCUGCUGGAGAUGUUCUGAGCCACCUCACCUCAGUUAUGUGAAAGAAAUAGCAAACAUUGCAAAACUCUGUACCCCGGUUUAUUUUUUCAUGAAAGUACAAUUUUUCUAUUUGUACUUUUUACUAAUAAAGGCAAAUCAGCAAAAAUAAA